CAAAAGCUCAUUCUGAAAAUCAUUAUUAUUAUUAUUAUAAAAUCUUAUCUAUAAAAAGUUUGACAUUAUCGGAAGCAUAGGCUUACAAAACAAUAGAUCGAAUGACACUGAUAAGAAACUCAUAGAUCUAUAAUAGAACUUUCUGCAGUAUUUUUCUGCAUCCAAACUCGCUGUGACAAAAACUGAAACUCUACUGGAAUUAACUGGAUUCUAAACAAUCAAAUUUUUUCUUAUUCUUACACAAUGAUUUAAUUGAGUUCAUGGAAUUAAGAUGAUGCUGAUUAUGAAGAAGAUGAUGAAGAUAUUAAUAUCUUACAGAUGGAGUGUAAUUGUAAUUCCUCUCUGGGUCCCUUUUCCUCAACUUACUGGAGCAGAACAGUGCUCUUCCCUGAUUGGGCGUAUAAACCAGCGUGGUCUCCAGGCUCGCGGCAGGUGCAGUUAUGGCACUUCCUGUUAGAGCUGUUGGGGCGUGGCGAAGGCGGAGCGAUUACGUGGGGCAGCGAAUGGGGAGAGUUUGUGAUCAAAGACCCAGAGAGAUUGGCUAAACUGUGGGGAGAGAGGAAGGGCAAGCCGCACAUGAAUUACGACAAACUCAGCAGAGCUUUAAGGUAUUAUUAUAAUAAGCGAAUUUUGCACAAGACCAAAGGAAAACGUUUUACCUACAAGUUUAACUUCAACAAACUAAUCUUAGUGAAUUAUCCCAGUCUUCCAACCUGCCCACAGAAUACAACAUCUGUCCCUUUCUCUGUCUUUCCUUCUCAGCUUUCCUUCUACAACCCAUCUAUUGACAGAGCUGUGCGCUCAAUUUGUCAUCCCCUUCUAAUGCCCUACAGCUUCCCCAAACCCCUCCCCUUUCCCCAGACACAUCCAAUCCAAAGACAGUUUCCCCACUUUUCCGGCCCUCCUCCUUCAGGAACUAACCUAUCAGAGCUCUCCUGCCUGUCACCAGUCAACCCCGCCCUUCAGUUCACACAAACUUUAAACUGGCCAGUCAAAAGCAGCACAGAGUGGCCUCUCAACAGAGUCAUGGGAUUACAAGAGAGGAUUAGAAGUGGACCACAAGACAAAAGCCACGACAACCAAGAAGACAGAAAAAUAUUUCCUGAGGCCAUGCAUUAGGAGUUUUAGUACUAUUACUGGUUUUAUUCUAAUUAUUAUCACUUUUUUG